CUCUCUUUCGCCUCGUCCUCUCUUCCAAAUGCAGAAACUUGGCUGAUUUGCUCAACCCAUACCCAACCCAACCACACAACACAAUCUCUCUCUCUCUCUCUCCCUUAAAACAAAGCCUCCCAAUUGAAGCAAAAACAGUAAGAGAUAUCUGAGUUCCCUCUUAUGGAAACCAAAAACCAACUCCAAUCUCCACCAACCAAAUCAAGAUUCAACCGUAUUUGUGUUUUCUGCGGUAGCAGCCCCGGCAAGAACCCAAGCUACCAACUUGCAGCUAUUCAACUUGGAAACCAACUGGUUGAAAGGAACAUCGACUUGGUUUAUGGUGGUGGUAGUAUUGGCCUUAUGGGUCUUGUCUCCCAAGCUGUCUAUGAUGGUGGCCGCCACGUGUUAGGAGUGAUUCCAAAAACACUUAUGCCCAGAGAGAUAACUGGAGAGCCUGUUGGAGAAGUAAGAGCUGUCUCUGGUAUGCACCAAAGAAAAGCUGAAAUGGCUCGCCACGCUGAUGCAUUUAUAGCCUUGCCUGGUGGCUAUGGGACACUAGAAGAACUCCUGGAAGUCAUCACUUGGGCGCAAUUGGGAAUUCAUGACAAACCGGUGGGUUUGUUGAAUGUAGAUGGGUACUACAACUCACUGUUGUCUUUCAUAGACAAAGCUGUUGAUGAAGGCUUUGUUACACCCUCUGCGCGUCACAUUAUCGUUUCUGCCCCAACUGCUCAAGAACUCAUGUCCAAGCUUGAGGAAUAUGCUCCUAGGCACUCAGUUGUUGCAUCCAACCUGAGUUGGGAAAUGGAGCAACAAUCGGGUUAUACGACAAAGUCAAACAUUCCUUGUUGACCCCUCAGUUAUAUACCUCGUUUCAGAGCAUUAACAACUGUAGAUUAUAGCCAAUUUAUUGACGACAGCUGUAACCAUGUAGAUUCAACCUCCAGAAAUCAAACCACCACAGUUCUUCUAGUGGUCUGUGGAUUUUUGUAACUAAUUUUGAGUCGGUGUUGAUUGUUCAUGUAAUCAUGUGAAUGUAAUUUCCUCCCAAAACCAUUAGAAAACAAGUAUCUCUACUGACUUUAGAUUGUUUCUUUAGGUUUUUUAUGUAGCCUUCUUUUUACUCUUUGUAUCAGCAUUACUUGACUGCAUGUUCAAAUUUUGAUUGAC